UUUAGCCUUAAGAAAUAUUGCUUGCCAAAAAAAACCUCCAAGAUAAGAAAAAUAACAUAAAGCCUUAAAAGCUUUUUAACAACUACCGUCGGUAUAUGGUUUCUAAAGCUUUUAAUUAUAGUGUUCAGUGUUUUAACAAAAUAAAAUUUAUAAAAAAAUUGAAACAAGAAAAAAAAUUCCUUUUAAAUUUAUAUUAUAAGUGCAAUUUUUAUGAUAUCCUUUCUUUUUGCCAAGGCUAAUUUUAUGUUUAAGAAAAUAAGUUAAAGGAUUACUAAAGAAUUUCUUUUUGUUGUACAAAAAAAAAAAACAAAAGUUCCUAGCAAUAUGGAUAUGUCUAGUGCAAAUUCUUUGAAUAUGCGGCCCCUAUUUGCGGGUUAUCCUUUUCAAGGUCAGGGUCGUGUUAAUCAACUAGGCGGUGUCUUUAUCAACGGUAGACCGCUACCUAAUCAUAUACGUUUAAAAAUCGUCGAAAUGGCCGCUAGUGGUGUACGACCCUGUGUUAUUUCCCGCCAAUUGCGAGUAUCACACGGUUGUGUUUCGAAAAUAUUAAAUCGUUAUCAAGAAACGGGCUCCAUAAGACCGGGUGUUAUAGGCGGCUCUAAACCCAAAGUAACCUCACCCGAAAUAGAGGGACGCAUUAAGGAAAUGUGUAAAGCCAACCCGGGUUUAUUCAGUUGGGAAAUACGAGAAAAACUAAUAAAGGAAGGUUUUACAGAUCCGCCCUCAACAUCAUCGAUAAGUCGCUUGUUAAGGGGUAACGAUCGCAGCAGUGAUGAUGGACGUAAAGAUUAUAGUAUACACGGUAUAUUAGGCGGUAAAGAUUCGGAUUUAAGUGAUACCGAAUCUGAGCCCGGCAUACCACUAAAACGUAAACAAAGAAGAUCGAGAACUACCUUUUCGGCCGAUCAGUUAGAGGCUUUAGAAAGAGCUUUUGCUCGAACUCAAUAUCCUGAUGUUUAUACCCGCGAAGAAUUGGCACAAUCUACCCAACUAACAGAGGCUCGCAUACAGGUGUGGUUUAGCAAUAGAAGAGCACGCCUGCGCAAACAUUCAGGAGGUGGUGGUGGCGGCAGCAUGAACGGUGCUAUGGCGGCAUCGGGAGUAAGCAACUCUGCAGCUGCUUCUACGGGAGCUAGUGGCUCUACACCCUUAGGUUUUGGUCCUUUAGCUAUGGGUUCCAUGGGUUAUAGUCCAGCAGCAGGUACCACCGCCUCCAGUGGAGGCAUGAAUGACCAGCACAGUGUUCAUGCAGCAGCAGCUGUUGCGGCGGCUGCCGCUCAUCACCCAGCCCAUCAUCAUCACCAUCCUCACUCACAAAUGGGAGGCUACGAUUUGAUGGCAGCCCAGUCGGCUCAUCAAGGUUUUGCGGGCAGUUUUCAUAAUACCCAUUUCAGUGGGCAGAAUUAUUAUCAUCAAGAUUACUCCAAACUCUCUAUAGAUGACUUUUCCAAACUUACCGCCGAAAGUGUAUCGAAAAUAUCACCAUCACUACAUCUCACCGAUAAUUAUACCAAAUUAGAAAAUCCCUCAAAUUGGUCUCAAGCUGCCGCUUAUCAAACAGCCGCCGCCAAUUAUAAUGCAGCAGCGGCCCAUCAUCAUGCUCAUGCAGCGGCGGCAACACAACAUUCCCUUAAUGAUUAUGCUGCCGCGGCCAAUGUCUCGCUCUCACACAAUAACCCCAUGAACCCAGCAGCUGCAGUGGCAGCUUCAGCCUAUCAACAUCCCCUGCCUUCACAAGGGGAUACCAAAUAUUGGAGCUAAUUUAUUUUUAAAAGAAGUUUUUGCACGGAACCCAUAACACUGAUCUUUUUUUUCAUUUGUUCAA